AUGGUGGUCUUUAAAUUCAGCUCUUCAAGCAGAAUUUGGCCUGCACAGGCAGAAUUUUUGCCCGUGCAAAUUCUGCCUGACAAGCAAAUUGAAACGGAGGGAGUACCUCAAUACCACUACCGCAAAUCCAAGGAGAAGAGCUACUUUAAGCAGUGCAAGCUUAGACUGAUAUUAAGAAUUUGCAGGUUUAUUAAGCCAAAGAAUAGCUUUGAGGAUCAAGGCAAUGGCGGAACUAGUUCUCCUCCUCGCGAUCGAAAAAAUUGGUCUUUUGGCAAGAUCCAGUGGCUCCGGGAGAAGAUCAUCUGUGAUUCGGUUGUUAUAGAAGACAUAUGCUCCAUUGAUGAUUGGCAGAGACUACGUUUGGCUGUGGGAGCUAACGGUAGCAGAAUACUGGUUACAACUCGAGCAAGAGAAGUAGCGGAAAACAUCAUUCAGACGUGUUACAUACAUGAGAAGAGGCCUUUAACAGAAGAACACAGUUGGGACUUACUAAAAAGGGCAGCAUUUCCCGGAAAGGAUCCAGCUGAAAUCAAAUCAUCGAUGGAGAAAAUUGGUAGGGAACUAGUAAAACAGUGUGAAGGUAUACCAGGCGCGAUUAUUGCACUUGCAAAACUAUUGGCAAAGAAGGAUGAAAAAGAGUGGGAGAUCGUGCAAAAAAAUGCCCGAUCACAUCUAUACAAUGUUAUGACUCCAAGUUAUGAUGAUCUAUCAGAUCAUUUGAAACUGUGUUUUCUCUACUUGAGCCAUUUUAGAGAAGACCCGGAGAUAGAACCAGAGAAAUUAUCUCACUUAUGGACAAUUGAAGGAUUGAUAUCAUCACGUGAAUGUGGAAGAAUGAUGACACUCUUGGACUUAACACAAGAGAUUUUGAUGAUUCUAGCACAUAAACGCAUGAUUGACGUGGAACAACUAGUUGAUGUCAAGUCCUGCCGCCUUGUUGGACUAAUGGGAGAUAUGUGCCUCUUGAAAGCGGAAGAGAGGAGCCUUUUGAAGGUCAUUGAUUUACGAAGCGGAGAUAUUCCGCCUUCAUUUUCUUUUGGCACAACUCGUCGUAUAGUCAUUUAUCUCGGGAAGCAUAGUCCUCAAUUCACACCCGAAUUAGCUGGAAAACUCCGGAGUCUUCGAAUCAUAAGGGCAAAUGUGCAUCAACAAGUAGAGGAGUUGGUAUUUCCGUCCAUAAUGUUGGAACUCAAGAAAUUCAAGGCACUCAGGAUUCUUGAUUUCGACAACAUAGACUUCCGAGGGAGGAAACUACCAGUAGGUAUUUUCGCUCUAUCACUCUUGAGGUACCUAAGUUUCAAAGGAUGUUUCCUAGACGCGUUGACAUCAUCUAUCAGGAACUUGACAUUCUUGCAAGUCCUUGAUUUGAGAAUCAAAGAUUCAUGCAAGAUUAUCAUCCCAAAUGCGCUGCAGAGGAUGGGAGGAUUGCAGCAUCUCUAUCUUCCACCAGCAUUCCAAAUGAGAAAUGGCAAAAAGUUUCGAUUGGAUAAAUUGACAAAGCUUCAGACACUUACGAACUUCACCUCAAAUGCGUGUGAAAUUUGCGAUCUCUUCAAAUUGACAAAAGUCCGCGACCUACAUACUAAGAUCGAAGGGAGCCAUGAGGACCUUCAGUCAAUAACCAGCCAUAUGAAAGUUGCUCCGGAAAAAUGGCUUCGUUCCUCCAUUGAAAUAAAAAACUUUGACUGUUAUACAGAAACGAGGCAUGAUGUUUUGCGGCAGUUAUUGGCACUCGGUGUUCCACCGAUAUUAUCCUUCGAGGGUUGUAUUGGCCACCUGCCACGAUACAAUCUGAUCUCCGAAAGAUUCACAGAGAUAGUCCUUAGUAGCGCGCAACUUAAGGAAGAUCCAAUGACAACUUUUGAAAAGCUUCCGAGACUACGGCGUCUAGUACUUCAUGAUGAUGCUUUUAUAGGGACAGAGAUGGUUUGUUCUGCUUCAGGUUUCCCCGAGCUCAAACAUUUGGAACUCUCGAAUUUGUUCUUCUUGGAGAAAUGGACUGUCGAAGACAAGGCCAUGUCAAGACUUUCUCAUCUCAAAAUCAAUAAUUGCGAGAAGCUAUUGCUCCCAGAUGGUUUAGAAUUUCUUUCUACUCUCCAAGAAAUCAAGACUGAAAAUAUGCCUAAACCAUUUGAAGUAAGUCUUCAUAAGAGAUAUGGCAAAUCUUCUUGA